CCCGCUUUUCCAGCUCAUGCACAAAUCCCAGAGAUUUUAUUGUGGCUUCGUUUAUUUCCUUUUUUCCCUUUCUCCCGCUUAAAAAGAUGCUGAAAGCUCCCAAAGAGAAAUUCUUUCCAUGUGAUCCCAGCACUUUUCCUCUUGGCGGGAGCCCUGGAUGUGGUUUUGGGUUCUGUGGUGGAGUUUUUGUCAUCCUUUCUUUUUUUUUUUUUAUCCCAAACUUUUUUGGGUUUUAUUUCCAUCCCUGGGAGAGGCCCUGCAGAAUUCCAGAUUGGCAGCGAAUCCCGAGGAAACCGGAGCGGGACAAAGGCGCCAGAGCCCAGCACAAGUUGGUGCAAGCAAAGAAACGAGGGAAAAAAUUCCUUUUGCCAAGGUUUCCUAAGGAUCCAGCCUGACUUUCCGUGUUUCUCUUGGAUCCCAGCACGGAAGCUGCAGCCUGCCCGGAGAACUGAAGCAGCAGCUGAGGAAUAGCAAGGGAAGGAAGAUCCAGGGAUUCUGCGGGACGAGCUGCUCCCGAGGAUGAGGGUUGUGAUCCUGCUGCUCCUGCUUUCCGCCGGGAAUGCCGCAUCCCAGCCGGAGAAGGCGCUGCCCAGGCGGCGCCUGUCGUGCGUGAGGUGCUGCGGGCCUUCGGAGCAGCCCGUGUCCAUCAUCUCCCAAAGAUCCACCAGGAUGAGCGGGGAUCCCGAAUAUUCCGUGCCCAAAAUCCAGCCCACCAUAGACAUCACCAUCCUCAAAGGUGAGAAGGGCGAGAUGGGAGAGAAGGGAUUCCCUGGAGCAGCUGGGAAGGCGGGAGAGCGAGGAUUACGUGGAUUGAGUGGCCGGAAGGGGCAGAAGGGCCAGCCCGGCCCCCAAGGCCACUCCUGCAAGCAGCUCUUCGCCGCCUUCUCCGUGGGCCGCCGGAAGCCACUGCACAGCUCCGACUACUUCCAGCACGUCACCUUCGACAUGGAAUUCGUCAACCUCUACCAACACUUCAACAUGUUCUCCGGGAAGUUCUUCUGCUACAUUCCAGGGAUUUACUACUUCAGCCUCAACGUGCACACCUGGAAUUUCAAGGAGACCUACGUGCACCUGAUGAGGAACGAGCAGGCCGUGGCCAUCCUGUACGCCCAGCCCAGCGACAGGAGCAUCAUGCAGAGCCAGAGCCUGAUGCUGGAUCUGCAGGAAGGGGAGGAGGUUUGGAUCAGGAUGUUCAAGAGGGAGCGGGAAAACGCCAUUUACAGCGAGGAGUCCGAUGUUUACGUCAUCUUCAACGGGCAUCUGAUCAAACCCGCCCUGGAGUAGGAGCUCCUCAACUCCAGGGCAAGCUUUGGGCCGUCCAGCAGCGUCUUCCCUCUAGAAGUGCAUCUCUAAUUCCUUUUGGAAUGGGUGCAGCCCUGGAAGAGUUGUUUUUCCACAUCUGUGUGGAUCCAAGCUGCACAAGAAUUCCAGAAGGUUCCCAGCUCCCUGUAAAGACCCUCAGGAACAUCCCUGAAGAGUUGACAAGUUGGCAGCAAAAACUUCACUUUGCUCUGCAUCUCCUGUCCCCUUUGGAAUAUUUGUAGCCCUUGGAAGUGUUGUUUUCCACCCCUGUGUGGAUGGAGGGGACUGUUCCCACUGCACAAGAAUUCCAGAAGCUUCCCAGCUCCCUGUACAGACUCCCAGGAACAUUCCUGGACAAUUGGUCCAAUUGACAGCAGAAAUUUCCCUUCUUUCUCUGCGUCUCCCAUUCCUUUUGGGAUGGCUGCAUCCCUGGAAGUGUUGUUUUCCAUGCGUGUGUGGAUGGAGACGACUGUUCCAAGCGGCUAAAGAAUUCCAGAAGUUUUCCAACACUCUCUGUGGCCCCUCAGGAACACUCCAGAAGAGUUGGCCCAGCUGGAAGCCGAAAUUCCACUUCUUUGCUGUGCUUUAGACAAGGAAUUGUAAUAAUUAGAUUUUUAUGAGGAUAAUAUAAUUAUCCCUAAGGAGCAGAGCGGUUAUCCAGGUGCUAAUUAAGGAAUGUCGUUAUUCCUGCAAAAAUCUUGGCUAAUUGGAGCCCCAGCCCCCGGCAGCACCAGGAUGGCUCCUCUCAGGCAGGAGAUUUGGUGUGAAAAUCAAGAUUUGGCACAGGAACGAAUCCCAGAUUCCGGUUCUGUUCCAUUCUGUGGCAUAUCCCAUUAUUCCAGCAGAAUGGUGGAAUUAGAGGAACAACAGCACAUGGAUUUGGGAAAGCUUUUCCAGGGAAACAGGGCUCAGUACAACCAGAGAAAAACUUCCCAUAAGAACAUCCAAGCUGGCUGGGAAUGUGCUUCCCAAUUUAAUGAAAUGGUGGGAAUUUGGAGUUUGCCAAGCCAGGAUUUCAGGCUGUGUUCCUGUCUGGAAAUUACCAUUUUGGAGCUCCAUCAUUUUGGGAAAACAGUGGAAAAACUGGAAAGAAAAAGGAUAUUUUUUUUUAAUUUUUAGGGAUUUGGGGUUUUUUAUUUCCCGGAAAUUUCCAUCUUGGAGCAUCAUCAUUUCUGGAAAAUGAAGGACAAACUGGAAAGGAAAAGGAGCUUUUCUUCAAGCAGUGAUUUUUAUGGAUUUGGGGUUUUUUCCUAAAAAAUUAUGGAUGGGAUAGUGGUGCAUGCAGCAAAACCCUAUCAUUUUAUCCCAUUCCUUCUUUCCCUUUCUCCCAGUCUCUCGUUUGCUUCCUAAGCCAUUUGUACAAAGGAUCCAGGGAAAUUCUUCCAGGAAAAUGCUUCCUUGGACCUCACCUCCCCCAGCUUUGGGAAAAGUAGCUGAAAUAAAGAUUUUGCUUCGA